AAAUAUUUGUUUAUUAGUGGACUAGAUCCAACAUUUGAGGGUUAAAAAUUUUGCUCAUUGACUUAAUAGAAACGCGAAUAUAUUCCUCUUCUUCUUAGUAUUUAUUUUUUUCGAAUAAAGUGACAAAAUCAUUAGCUUGGUAUCGAUUCUGACAGAAAUGCCAUGUGUCCAAAACCAAAAGGGAGAAUCAGAAGUGCAGAAUUUGUUCCAAAUAAAAGCGAAAUGUUCCUUGGUUUCAUGUGCAAUAUAUGCAGGAGGAGAAGGUAGAAAGAACACUGAACAGAAAAUGGGUUGGUUUUUCAGGGAAAGAAGAGGUCCUGCAUGGAAGCAAGGAUGGGCACAGCAAACAAUCUCCUCCAUAUCUCCACCUCCUUCUCCUUUGCUUGCCUUACUUGGAAUCAUAUGCCUUCUCCUGUUGCUUUCAUCUUACGUGAACUACAAAAAAGAGGUACACCACUCCAUCCUCAACUUGAAGCUGUUCCUUUUGUUCCUGCCUGUGCUCUUGAUCUUGGCCACAAAAUAUGUCAGCAGGUUUGAGAGGCUUGUGAUUCCUUAUGGAAGAGCAAAGCGGGAGUUGGAAUACCGCACCAGGGACAUGCCAUGGGGGAUGGUGGUGCUGGUGGCACUCCUUCUGGUGAUGCUCUCUUACCAGUCUUACUUUCACUCCUUGUGGUCUCCAAAUAUUUGGAGGUCGUAUUACUAGCUAGUCUUUUGGGAUGGCCUGAAACAAGUUUUUAUAUUUUGUAAGAGUUUUGAAUGAUGUAUGUAUGAAUAUGAAGAUGUUUGUUUGAAUGGUUAUCUAUCUAUCAUCAUAUGCUCAUAGAACCUCACCAUGGAAUAUAUUUAUUCAAUAAAA